AUGAUGUUAUGACUGCUGCCCAAAUAAGUCCUCACGUUGUAAAAUUCCUGCUUGUAGCUAUCCUCGUUUCCUAGUGUCCAAGAGUGGAGAGUCCCAGGGUAUGGCCUCACAAGUCUUGGUCUACCCACCAUAUGUUUAUCAAACUCAGUCAAGUGCCUUUUGUAGUGUGAAGAAACUCAAAGUAGAGCCAAGUGGUUGUGUAUUCCAGGAAAGAAACUGUCCCCGGGCCUAUGUGAAUGGUGGAAACUUUGCAAGUUCUCAUCCUUCCACAAAGGGUAGUGCUUUUCAGACUAAGAUACCAUUUAACAGACCUCGAGGACAGAACUUUUCGUUGCAGACAAGUGCUGUUGUUUUUAAAAACACUGCAGGUGCUACCAAGGUCCUCGCAGCUCAGGUGCAGCAGGCUCCAUUGCAAGCGCCUCAGGCUGGGGCGUGGCAAAACAGGCUCUGUUUCCUACAGGGCCCCCCGCGAUGUGGACUGAAGCGCAAGAGUGAGGAGUUGGAUAACCACGGCAGCGCGAUGCAGAUUGUUGACGAGCUGUCCGUACUUCCUGCGAUGUUGCAAACCAGCAUGGGAAACCCAGUGACAGUUGUGACAACGACCACAGGGUCUAAACAGAACUGCACCUCCGGAGAAGGCGACUACCAGCUAGUGCAGCAUGAAGUCUUGUGCUCCAUGAAAAAUACAUAUGAGGUCCUGGAUUUUCUUGGCCGAGGCACCUUUGGCCAGGUAGUUAAAUGCUGGAAAAGAGGGACAAAUGAAAUUGUAGCAAUCAAAAUCCUGAAGAAUCACCCUUCUUAUGCACGUCAAGGUCAGAUCGAGGUGAGCAUACUGGCGAGGCUCAGUACAGAAAAUGCCGACGAGUUUAACUUCGUACGGGCUUACGAAUGCUUUCAGCACCGGAACCAUACUUGUUUAGUCUUUGAGAUGCUGGAACAAAACUUGUAUGACUUUCUGAAACAAAAUAAAUUCAGUCCCCUGCCACUGAAAGUGAUUCGGCCUGUUCUUCAGCAGGUGGCUACUGCACUGAAAAAACUGAAAAGUCUCGGUUUAAUUCACGCUGACCUCAAACCAGAGAAUAUCAUGUUGGUGGACCCUGCUCGGCAGCCAUACAGAGUCAAAGUCAUAGACUUUGGGUCGGCCAGUCACGUGUCGAAGACCGUCUGUUCGACGUAUCUGCAGUCUCGGUACUACAGAGCUCCAGAGAUCAUACUGGGGUUGCCCUUUUGUGAAGCCAUAGACAUGUGGUCCCUGGGGUGUGUAAUUGCGGAGUUGUUCCUUGGAUGGCCGCUCUACCCGGGAGCCUUGGAGUACGACCAGAUUCGAUACAUUUCUCAGACUCAAGGUUUACCAGGGGAGCAGUUGUUAAACGUGGGUACGAAAUCAACAAGAUUUUUUUGCCGAGAAACAGAUAUGGCUCAUUCUGGUUGGAGAUUAAAGACACUGGAAGAGCAUGAGGCAGAGACGGGAAUGAAGUCUAAAGAAGCCAGGAAGUACAUAUUCAGCAGCCUGGAUGACAUAGUGCAUGUGAAUACAGUGAUGGAUUUGGAAGGAAGUGAUCUUUUGGCUGAGAAAGCUGACAGAAGAGAAUUCGUUAGUUUGUUAAAGAAGAUGCUGCUGAUUGAUGCGGAUUUGAGAAUUACUCCAGCUGAGACUCUGAACCAUCCUUUUGUUAAUAUGAAACAUCUUCUAGAUUUCCCUCACAGCAAUCAUGUAAAGUCCUGUUUUCAUAUUAUGGAUAUUUGUAAGCCCCACCCAAAUUCAUGUGACACAAAUAAUCACAAUAAAACUUCGCUGUUAAGACCAGUUGCUUCAAGCGGUACUGCUACUCUGACGGCAAAUUUUACCAAAAUUGGGACAUUGCGAAGUCAGGCAUUGGCCACGUCCGCCCGGGCGGUCGUGCACCACGGGAUCCCUCUGCAGGCAGGAGCUGCACAGUUUGGCUGUGGUGACGCUUUCCAGCAGACGCUGAUCAUCUGUCCCCCAGCUAUUCACGAGAUUGUCUAUUGCUGCAAUAAACCUACACUACCUGGGUGUGCUUAUAUUCCAUUUCUUGGAGAAUUUGCUGAUCAAGACAUGCUUUUUGGAAGGGGUAUCCCUGCAGUGCACAGUAAGCCUACCAGUUACUCAGUAAGGCUGGAUAAUACAGGUCCCCUUGUCACUCAGGCUGCCGCUGUGCAGCCACUGCAGCUCCGACCCGGCGUUCUCUCUCAGACAUGGUCUGGUAGGACACAGCAGAUGCUGGUACCUGCCUGGCAACAGGUGACGGCCGUGGCUCCUGCUGCAACCACACUCACUUCUGAGGGUGUGGUGGGCUCACAGAGGCUUGGAGACUGGGGGAAAAUGAUUUCACACAGCAAUCAUUACAACUCAGUAAUACCGCAGCCUCUUCUAACCAAUCAGAUAACUUUAUCAGCCCCUCAGCCAGUCAGCGUGGGCAUUGCACAUGUUGUCUGGCCUCAGCCUGCCACCACCAAGAAAAACAAAGUAUGCCCGAACAGAGGUAUUUUGGUAAAACUAAUGGAAUGGGAGCCAGGAAGAGAGGAAAUAAAUGCUUUCAGUUGGAGUAGUUCAUUGCAGAAUACCAAUAUCCCACAUUCAGCAUUUGUUUCUCCCAAGACAAUAAAUGGGAAAGAUGCUGAUGAAGUGAGCUGCCUAGAAACACGGGACAGCCAUGACUCCGGAGGAGAGGCGGAGACUUGCUGCAGAGCCUCAGCCCGCCAGCACUCUGGGUCAUCGGUUUCAGACCGACAGCGGCAAGCCAUUGUCAUCGCCGACUCCCCGAGUCCUGCAGUGAGUGUGAUCAGUAUUAGCAGUGACACUGACGAGGACGAGACCACACAGAGACGCUCACUCGGAGAAUGUCCAGGCAGUCUGGACUGCGAAGCUUGCCAGAGCACUUUGAGCACCGGUCGGCCAUGCUCACUCAGUAGCCCCGACAGUACCCUGAGCUCCAGCUCUUCCGGGCAGUCCAGCCCGUCCCCGUGUAAGAGGCCGCACAGCAUGUCAGACGAAGAGCAGGAAAGCGGCCGUGACACCGUGGAUGGCUCUCCGACAUCCGACUCUUCGGGCCAUGGCAGUCCAUUUGCAGAGAGCAGUUUUGUGGAGGACACUCAUCCAGACACAGAGCUAGCUAGCUCUGUUGACCCAGAAGCCAAGCCUGCGGUCUGCUCUGUCGUGGUGCCACCAGUGGGGCUAGGACAUGGACUGGAUGCCCACGAGCCCAUGGCAAACGCAGACUCUCUGUGCCAGCCGUCGAUGAAAGGGCGCUCUGCCCCUGGAAGAGUAAACCAGCCUUCUGCAGUGGGUGACCGUCAGCAAAAAUUGACAUCAGCAUUGCAGCAGCAGCAUUUGAACUUCAGUCAGGUCCAGCACUUCGGAUCUGGGCCUCAAGAGUGGAAUGGAAACUUUGCACACCGAAGGCAGCAAGCCUUUGUUCCCAGCAGCGUUGCCAGUAAUCCGUUCCCUCUUCCUCACGGCAGCCCCAGCCGCACGGCCGUGCACGCCCACCUGGCUGGAAGCUCGCACCUGGGAGGACAGCCCACCCUGCUUCCGUUCCCCUCGUCGGCCGCCCUUGGCACUGCUGCCCCCGUGGCCCACCUCUUAGCCUCGCCGUGCACCUCGAGACCUGUGUUGCAGCACCCCACUUACAGUCUCUCCCACCCCAGCGGCAUAGUUCGCCAAGUCCCGGUGGGCAUAAACCCCCGGCUGUUGCCGUCCCCGACCAUCCAUCAGACUCAGUUCAAGCCCGUCUUCCCGCCCCACUCCUACAUCGCAGCGUCCCCGGCGUAUGCUGGGUUCCCACUGAGUCCGAGCAAGCCCGGCCAGUAUCCAUACAUGUGACGGCUCUGAGACGUGUAUCAAGGAAGCUCAGUGACACAGACGUUUGAUUACAAAUAAAAACAUGGUAUUUAAUAAAUGUUAGCCAUGGCACAAGAAAAUUAUUUUUGAAUCAUGUAGACUUGGGUGCAAUUUAAACAACUUUGAGCUUUAAAAAAACUCACUUUUAAUGUGUUUUGCACAUUUGGUAUACUUGUCUUUGGUCAUGUUAUCUUCUUACGUAGUAACUCUAGACAGGUGACUUAUGGGAGCGAAGUCCAGUUUUGCUCCUGCUAUUUUUUAUAAAAUUGCCUUCUAACUAGUGCAAGACACGUCCACAUUUGGGAAGCCAUUCUGUGUACAGACUUAGAGCAGCAGAUGCACACAUGUCCGAUUACCGCAUUCAGUGAGUGUAGAUCUGUGUCUCAGUACAUGUCGGGUCACUUACUUAAGAAACCGAGCUGUUGUUCUCUACAUUUGCAUGUGUCUUUGCAUGGGCAAAACAUUGCCUAGACUUUGCUCUUAAAUGUUGUGCUAAUAAUCUCAGCUGCAUUGUAAACCGUUCCCACACAUAGUGCCUUAAUAUUUGAGGUCGUUAAUGUUAUUACCUAUACAUAAAUGUCGAGGACUGCAGCACUUAUGACUCAGACCUACUCUUUACUUUUCUCUCGAUAGAGUAAUGUUCCUUUUGGUUUUGUGUGGUAUGAUUUCAGGUAGUAGCUGGUUUUCCUUUUUAAAAGGGCAGCAUGUUUGCUAUAGCUGAAUUCUGCUGUCUGAUUUUUCAGAAUGAUCUAGCUUCAAGAAAAGCAGUUAGUAGUGCUUAAGAAAAAUUGAUUCAGUAUCUAAUGGAUAGUUGAUAAACUGGCACAGCAUUUUAUAUACUGUUAAGUGAAACUGCAGUACAAUCUAAGUUUAUUUGGGAGUGUUUGCUGUAUAAUUGGACUUGAUACAAUGUUUAGCGGCGCUGUAGGCAUGACCUUUGAGUAGAUAAUGCAAGAAGAUGCAAAACGCUCAUUGAUUCAUGAUGUGGUUUCAUCUUAGCUUGGGCAAACCAUGCAGUAUUUAAUAAAUAGUAGCAGAAUAUUUACUAUAUUGAAGCUUGAAAAGAUGUGAGUUCUUUGUGUGCAAUUUUUCAUUUAUGCAUGUGAGAGGGUUUUCUCCCCCCCCCAAGUAUUUUUUAUAUUGUAGUACUUGUUUUGCUUGUUGGUGGUAUUUGCUUAUUUAAUACAUUCCGUCAGGGACAGAAAUUACAUGCUUUUUUUCUAGGAAGUGUGUCUUGGAUUCCCCCCUCUCCUCCCCCUUUUUUUUUUUGGUGGUGGUGGUGAUGUUUAAAUGAAGUUGCUUUUACAGCACCAAAGACUUAAUCAUCCAUUUCUUAUAUAAAAGGUAGCUACUUUUUGCAUAGACCUCAAGUAUAUUGUUAGUGUAGAGGUGGAAGUAAGGAAAGGUAUUGAACUGAGGCUGUGUUCUAGCUUACAGGCAAGUAAUCAGUUGUAUCAUUUAUCUUGAAUGUAUCAUAGAUAAGCUGCUAUAUAAUGAUUGCCACUUCAGAUAGCUGUGAAAAUAGGUGAUUAACUAGUUGUUAUUUAGCCUUCUGAUUUCUGUAUAAGUCUAAUUACAUGAAAUAGAAGUUGGGGCUUUGGUUUUUUACUUUGCUUUUCUUUUGGAGUGUCAUUGUAACUACUGUAUUGUAAAUGAUGGAAAAUAAUUGCGUAUGUUAUUUUGGGGUGUGUUAUUUGCGUCAGUAUUUUAUCUCUAUUAAUGUUUGUGCUCAUCACUGCAUAUAAACUUGGAUGUAUCAAUGUAACUUAAUUUUUUUAUUCUCAUACUGGCAUUGCAGAACUUGAGAAAGCUGUAUCUUGCAGGCUUGGCUUACCUUUUUUCCUUACAAAUCUGGAAUAUAACCUUACAGCAUUUACUGGAAUAACAGUACAAAGCAUUUAAGUGUAGAACUGUCCAGACAUCUGCAUUUACAGUGUUUCUUUGAUCAACAACUCGCCCACCACUAGUACAGCCUUGACAGUAAGCUAACAAUGGGUAGACUUGUCUUUACUCCAUUAAUGGAAGCAGUGUUUUAUUUAAUAAUCAUCAGUGAAAUAAAUGUGCCUGAAAUUGAUUUUAAAAAUUACAGUAUUAGAUCAUAAAAUAAAAACCAGCAGUACAUUUUUAGUCACACUGAAAAUGAAGGACUUAAUUUUCCCCACAGGUUUCAGUGUUUUUAGUAAUUGAUUCUAUGCAUUUUAUAUUAAGAGAAAUAUAUGUAUAUAUAAUACGCAUAAGAAAGGAGUAGCCUAAGAUUAAUUUAAAAGAUGAUUUACAGAUGACAGAUUUAUGGAGUCACUAUUUAAGUACACUUGCUGCCCUCCACAGCCUCUGCGUUUUACUGAUAGGGUCCAGAAGGUGACUGGUACCUGCUCCCUUGGAAAAGGAUCAGUGUUGGCGCGGGUGUUUCAGAGCCACCAGGUGCAGAGGACCGACAGUACAAGCAGGCCAAGACCGGCGCGCUGCCCUUGCUCGAGCCUUCUCUCUACUCUGGAGCUUCGUGUUUUCUAAGUUCCCAGGCUGAGGAAGUCUUAGCUGGUGGACUUAGUGGUCCAUUUCAGCAUUUUCAUAAUAUAAUUGUAAUGUUUGAUAAAGGCAUCUCCCAGUUCCAUAUACUGGUUUUAAUUCACUACAAUCAUGGGCCUUUUAGUGUGUUUAAAAAUGUUAAAUUUCCAAGUUCUGCUAACGUCUAAAUUUAGCAUAUUCAUGAAAUAAUUUGGAUUUGUACUUCUCUUUAAAACCAUUUUUACCAGUUUUGUUUUAAUGCUUUUUUAAAUAAAACACUGCAUGAUU